GGGCCGCUCACACCGGCGGCGGCGGCGGGGCCAUGAAGGUGAAGAAGAGCGGCGGAGCCGGGGCGGCGGCGGCGAGGACCGAGGAGGAGCUGGGCCGAAAGGCGCUCAUCGGGCCCGACGACGUGCUGGGGCUGCAGCGGGUCACCAGCGAUUAUUUGUGCACUCCAGAGGAAAAUGUUUACAAGAUAGACUUCACCAGGUUUAAAAUCCGGGACAUGGAGUCUGGCACAGUCUUGUUUGAAAUCACCAAACCAGCAGCUUCAGAGCGUGAGCACAAUGACAGGAAGGACGUGGACCCCAACGCCGGACGCUUCGUUCGCUAUCAGUUCACCCCGGCCUUUCUCAGGCUGCGGCAAGUGGGAGCCACGGUGGAAUUCACAGUAGGGGACAAACCCAUUAAUAAUUUCCGUAUGAUUGAGAGGCACUACUUCCGCGAUCAGCUGCUGAAAAGCUUUGACUUUGAAUUUGGCUUCUGCAUCCCCAGCAGUAAAAAUACUUGUGAGCACAUCUAUGAAUUCCCCCAGCUCUCGGAGGAUCUCAUUCGAGAGAUGAUCCUUCAUCCCUACGAGACACAGUCGGACAGUUUCUACUUUGUAGACAACAAGCUGGUGAUGCACAACAAGGCAGAUUAUUCAUACAGUGGAGGACCUUGAGCGCAGGAUGGGCCGCGCUGGCCUCCCCUUUCCUAUGGAAGUCGUCAGGGAUACCAACACCUUCAGUUCUGCUGCCUGCAGUGUCAACCGGACAAAGGAUCCACAAAACCAAGGACUCUUUGCCACAGUAGGAGUUUCAUGACUAAAUUUGCCGGUCUCAUCUCUUUUGAGCUUUGAAGCAGACCCAGUUCUUCAGAACUUUAAGCUGAAUGAUCUUUGGAUACCAGUUCCCUAAGUUCUUUAAGUGUCUGCUUUGAAAAUGGCCUUGUGGGACCUGGGGGAUUUUGCCCUAAUUCUGUGAAUUUGUGUUCUUGCCCUCAAGUAUCUUUUAGGACAUGAUUGCUUUCCCAAAGAAUGUAAUCACAGAAAUCACGUGAGAGGAUGGAUGCAGAGACAGAGGUUUGGUUGGUUGUUUCUCUUUGUCAGUGCUUCAAAGGCCAAUUUAACUUGUCCAUCCCGUCAAAAAUGUCGAGCAUAGCAUCUCACAAAGGCAAGUUUCAUCUUUAGAUUGGCUCUCUCCAUAAGUAUUUCAUCCUUUAGUUUUGGUCCUUCUAUUUAAUGUUCUGUUUAAUCCUGGAAAUGCCGAAACUCACAAUGAAGACCAGUAGUUUAAUGACAGAGCUGUUUUAAUUGGGUACUGUCCUUUCACAUUUCAGAUGAAGGUAAAUUAGCAUUGUGGGUCUAUGAACCUCCAUAAGUACCUUCCAUUCAUUUCAGGUUUUGCAGAAUAAUCAGGAAAAAUGGAAGGAUUUUAGCUUUAUUUAACAUUUUCACAUAGCUAACAUUCAGCCUAUUCAUGCUACACAUUUCCAUGUCUGGUUUUUUUUUUUUUCAUCUCUGCUCAAUCUUCAGUACUGCUUGUUAGAGCAACACUUUCAUUUGUCUAUGGCAGCUGGAGUAUGUGGAAUUUCCAAUUUUCUAUUUGUAUCUGCAUUUAAAGAAUGUUAUGACAGUGCUUUCCCUUUGUUAAAAAUGUUUCACAUCGAUAAUUAGUACAGGUGAAACAGUCUAAUAAUGUACAACUUAAAGGCACAGGAAAAAAUUUAGCAAGAGCUCUCUCUUCAGACUCUGGAAGAAGUUUAAGACCAAUUUUGCCCAAGAAGUAGCAGCACCAAGAAUAAACCAGUAUGGGGUGGCCUGUUGUCAUGAAACCCCUACUCUAAAGGUCAGUUCACUGAUACUUUAAAAAAAAAAAAAAAAAAAA